AGUCCCGCCCUGGCACAUCCCGGAGUCUAGAUCGUGGGAUUUCCCGAGCCUUUGCCUGAUCCCGGGGCAGUGGGAGCGGCGACCAGACGCGCUGCUAACAGCGGCUCCUCUCCGCUACAUUGUGUCAGUAGCCCCUCGCUGCCUUCAUGAGAAGCCCAAGAUGUCAGGGAAACAUUACAAAGGACCUGAAGUCAGCUGCUGCAUCAAGUACUUCAUAUUCGGCUUUAACAUAAUAUUCUGGUUUUUGGGAGUGGCCUUUCUCGGAGUUGGGCUCUGGGCUUGGAAUGAAAAGGGCGUGUUGUCGAACAUCUCGUCCAUCACGGAUCUUGGGGGCUUUGACCCAGUCUGGUCGUUCCUCGUUGUUGGAGGAGUGAUGUUCAUCCUGGGAUUCGCUGGGUGCAUCGGAGCGCUACGAGAGAACACUUUUCUCCUCAAGUUUUUCUCGGUGUUCCUCGGAGUGAUAUUUUUCCUGGAGCUUACUGCGGGAGUGCUGGCUUUCGUCUUUAAGGACUGGAUUCGAGAUCAGCUCAACCUUUUUAUCAACAAGAACGUUAGAGCCUAUCGAGACGACAUUGACCUCCAAAACCUCAUCGACUUCACGCAGGAGUAUUGGGAAUGCUGUGGGGCCCACAGUGCCGACGACUGGAACCUGAACAUUUACUUCAACUGUACGGACAGCAACACCAGCCGGGAGCGCUGCGGGGUUCCCUUCUCCUGCUGCACCAAGGGGGGCUUGGAGGACGUCAUUAACACCCAGUGUGGGUAUGAUGUGAGAAUGAAGGAGGUCCUUGAGCAGCAGAAUUAUAUCUACACUAAAGGAUGCGUAGGGCAGUUUGAGAAGUGGCUGCAGGAGAAUCUGACAGUGGUUGCCGGGAUAUUUAUUGGUAUUGCAUUGUUGCAGAUAUUUGGCAUCUGCCUGUCUCAGAACCUGGUGAGCGACAUUGAAGCGGUGAAGGCCAGCUGGUGACUGGAUGCCCGGCUCCCGACCCAUGGCGGGACGCGGCAUGGGGACAUGCCCACCCUCGGACAGUUAACGGUGCACUGAGCCUCGAGGCGUCCCUGGGGAGGCAUGGAGGGGAGCGACACGCACGGGAAAGAGGCCUCGGUAGAAAUGGCCAUUUUCCCCCUUACUCACCCCCUGCGCUUGCCCCCACUGCCGCCUGGACCUGUGGCCCUGGAAGAAAAUGUGGCGUCGUCGUUCCUAGGAUGGCAGACGGCCCGUGGAGAUUCGGACUGAUGCACCAUCAUCGUGCCAAAGAUUCUCCUUUCUUCUCCGCGCUGCUGUGGUGCCAAUAUUCAACGCUAUUGCGUUUGAGGAGCGCCCAAGGUCCAUGCGUGCAGACUCGCUCUCUCCUUCCACUGGAGCCCACAGAGGAAACGCCCUCCUCCCUCAGCGGUCCUUCAUAACAUAAAUAUAUAAUUUUUCUCAUCGGAUCAGUAACACAGGACACCAUUGUUGAUCUUGAAUCUGUGUCAGGAACUGUUUAUUGUCCCGCUGAGUUACUCCAGCAUUUUUGUGUCUAUCUACUGUUUAUUGUACACUGUGUUUCUACAUUCAGUGUCCACACCUUAUUUUGGGCAAACGUCACACCUUUGUAUUAAAAGAAUGUCAUGAAUCCUGGCAAAGAAUCUUGGGGAGAAAGCUGGAAAGAGGUGGCGUGGGACAAAGCCUGCAAGUGAUGGGUGGAUACAGUCAGAGGUGUAUAAUUGGCACAGAUAGACACAAAGUGCUUGAGUAAUUCAGCAGGUCAGGCAGCAUGUCUGGAGGAAAAGGAUGGGUGACAUUGCGGGUUGGUACCCAUCUUACCUGCUUACUUACUCCAGUACUUUGUGUCUAUCUUUGGUGUAAGCCGGCAUCUGCAGUUCUUUGUUUCUUGAAGAAAUCUGGCCUUGGUCCUAACACCUGUAUCCACCUAUCACUCGCCAGGCUUUUUCCUGUCACUCCUAUCUUUUAAUUUCUCCCUCACUACGCUCAGUCUGAAGUCGGGUCCCGACCUGAAACGUCACCAACCCAUGUUCUCCAGAGAUGCAGCCUGACCCGCUGCGGUAACAACGCACUGCGUCCUUAUGUCUUCAUGAAAUCAGUGCCAGAGGGUCAAUUUCUGGUGACACGGAGCGGGUAGAACCGCUGCCUCACAGCGCCAGAGACCCAAAUCCUGAACUCAAGAGCUGUCUGUGUGGAGUUUGCAUGUUCUCCCUGUAACCGCGUGGGUUUCCUCUGGGUUCUUCCUACAUUCCAAAGACAUGCGGAUUUGUAGGUUAAUUGGCCUCUGUAAAUUGCCCCUAGUGUACAGGAUGUCGAUGAGAAAGUGGGAUAACAUAACUGUGAAUGGAUGAUCGAUAGUCUGAAGGGUGGGCUGAAGGGCCAGUGUCUAUGCUAUAUCUCUAAACUAAACAGAAAUUAAGAUGACCCCUACCCUGGGUAAAAUACUCUGCAUUCACCUUAUGCAUUUCCCUCAUGAUUUUGUACACCUCUAUAAGAUCACCCCUCAUCCUCCUGCGCUCCAAGGAAUAAAAGUGCUAGCCUACCCAACCGCUCCCUAUACCAUGGGCCCAUUGAGUCCGGGCAACAUCCUGUAAAUCUGUAGAAAAAACACAAUAUAUUCCAGAUUUAUAAUCAUAAGUAAAAUACUACAAUAAUAGUAAAAUAUUGAAGUACAAAUAAUGUAAUUUUUACACUGUAUUUUAUAAAAAUGCAACAAAUUGAUCUCUUUGCUCCUGGCUGUUCUCUCGCCUUGCUCAGUAUGACGAUGGUCCUUUUUACUUUGCAAUAUAAUCCAGCGGUUGGCCUUAUUGUAACAUGAAUGAGGUUCCCUGUGGUAAACCACUCAGUAUUAUUGUGUCCAAGGCUGCUGAUACUCUGCUUGUACUGUGUUAAUCCUGCUUGCAUCCAGCUUCUGUACGUUCGAUGUUUAGUCCGCAUGCUUAAUCUGCGGAUGGAGCAGCGUUGCAUGUACGUUGCCCGCAAGACGAUAGCGUGACUGCCCUGCGCCUCGUGUUGGGGGAGAGUGCACAACACCCCCUCCCCUCUCUUGGGUGGCAGCGGAAACCCGUCCAAUCUGCCAAACAACACUCGCAAGAUCCACAACUGGUGAAGGUGCACUUUCAUCGAGACGGCAUUCGGGUUGUGGAUGGUGGUAAUAAUUUUUAAAUAAAAAGAAAUCCUUUUUGUAUA